UCUAUCUUGAUUGAACGACCUUUGUUACCAACGCGCAUAUAAAAGCUAGACCAGUUACUAACAUGGGUGUCAGAGUAAGCAAGUCCACCUUCGACUACACCUGUCAAUUCUCGAUUUUGUUCUGUGUUCAUUAUGAUCGCGAUCGCAACGAUUCUUGUAUUGAUCUUGAUCGGAUUCAACUAUGGAUCACCAACGAAAAUGGAAAGGAUGACAAUCUCGAAAACGAGUAUGGCCGACCUUGAGUCUUCUGCUACGGGUUACACGUACAAGCAAGAACAAGACUAUCCCGUGACCUACGUACAUUACACCAAUUAUGGGAACGGACGUUACUACGAUACACCAUUGCAUUAUGUCGUCCAUGGUAGUAGUGUGGGUACUGUUGCACCUGUUGCUGUAUCGGUUCCUCGAACGGUGGGUCUCUACGAAAAGCCUGUAAUCGCUUAUGCGAACGCAGGGCAGAAGCCGAGUUUCUACGUGCAACAACAAUUGCCUUACGUAAAGACGAGUAACGAUCACGUGGCAGGGCACGGUGUCUACAUUGUUUCACGAAAACCUUUGGCACCUUAUUACGUGCCUAUGAGUAAUGAAAAGGUAGAAGUAGAAGAUGGUAAUCAAGAUCAUACCGACGAGAAGAGUAAGAAAGAAAAUGACGAUGAAAAGCAAGAGUAUAACGAUGAACACGAAGACGAUGAUGAUGACGAUGAGGACGAUGAUGACGCCGGCAGUGGAUAUAACGAUGCUCGUGAAACUCAUUAUUCCUCGUUUCCAUCGAAAGGAUUAAAGUAUGUUCAUCUGGGACAUCCUCAAAAAAAUAUUGUAGAAUUAUAUGAUAAAGAUCAAGGUGAUUUUGUUAAUUUCAAAGCUGACGAUGGAUCUUUCCUUAAAACUGAAUCAGGCAAACAAUAUUCCGACGAAGAGCAUUCGUCUUACGGGGAAAAGGGUGAUAAUGAUCACAACAGCUAUGACGAAUUUGACAAAGGGCAGAAAAAAGUUUAUGAUUCGGCCGAAAAAACUGGUGACUACAAUCUAGAGAGUGGUCACAAAAAAGAACACAUCGAUACAUCCAAUGCCUAUGGUCAACACGAUGACUUGGAAAAGGGUGAAGAAGGUGCUAAGCAUGAACACAGUUCGUAUCAUAAAAAAGGAGGAAAGACUAAUGGUUUUCACAAAGUCUAUCAUAAAGACGAAUAUAAAAAGAACACGGACUUUUACGAUGAAAACCACAAAGACGGGCAGUUUAGUAAACACUUUGCCUUCGACCAGCAUCAUAAUGCAAAAGAGGGCGAUUUUAAAAAAGGUUCUCAUCACGAUUCUGGCUUCGAUCAUAGGGAUAAGAUGAAGAAAGAUGAUUUCCAUAAGGGUCACGACAUUAGUCACAAUCAAGGACACCACUCCAAAAAGAGUGAAGAUUCUUAUCAUAAAGAUUACUCUGAUUAUUUGAAAAAAGAUGGAAAACAAGCAGAAAAGAAACAUGGACAUUCUAAAAGUAUUGUCAGUCAUAGCUCACAUUUUUGUAAUGCUUUGUCGAUACUUAUAACACGAAUCGAGGUGAAGGAACCCGAAAAAAUAAAAAAUAAUUCGAAAAAAUCAAUAGUGAAAGAUAUGGAAACGUCAAGCAGCGAAUACGCGUUUAAUAGAAGAGGAAAUGAGUUUAAACGAUACGACACAAUUGGUCACCAUGGAACAGAUGAAUUUGCACCUUUUAUUAAAGGCGAUGGAUUUGGAAAUUCCAAUUUAAAUGUGGCUAACUCGAUUUACGGAUUCAAUUAUCCAACCACAUAUAAAAUUAGAAAUAUUGGUAAAGGUACCCUCGGUAUGGAAUCGAGUUUACGACGUUUAGGUGGACAGGAUAGUAGCCUUGGCAACAUCGAAGGAUUCGAUUACGAUGGAAGCGAUGGAUUUCGCAUUAAAGGAAGCCUCACUCGCUCUCAAUAUUAUGGUUUACCAAGACAUGCAGAAAAUUAUAAACUUUCGAGAAACAAACUGGGUCUUGGUGAUACGAAUAUCAGACUGCAUUCUAAUUUAGGUACUGACAAUUUAAGGAAAUCGAUAGGAAUACAAAAUGUUCCAUACGGUAAUAUUUUGGAAAAUGAUCUUCUCACCGAUAACAUCGUUAUACCCUAUAAAUUGAAUUUAGGUGAUGGAUUUAAGAACGGAAUUAUUGAUGACAAAUAUAAUUUCGCUAUUGGCGAUAUUUCGAGAUAUCAGGACGAAGAAAAGACUGAGGCAGUCGAAAAGCUCGGCAACACAUAUGAAGUAACCGAAGAUUUUGAUAAAGACGAAAAGGAAGCUAUCGGAAAAUCUCAUCUCUUUGGAUAUCAAGAAGACUUUGCAGAAACUAAAAAAGACGAGGAGGAAGAAGAUUUGAAAUACGGUAAAAAUGAAUCUGCUGCAAAGGAACUGUCGAGCGAAAGUCAUGGAAAAAACGAGAGUCAUAAAAAAGGUCACAAAACGUCAGGGUUUCAUAACGUUUACCACAAGGACGAAUACAAAAAGGACACGUCCUUUUAUGACAACGAGCAUGUCGACGAACACGAAGAAAGUUAUGGCUCGGAGAACAGCGAACACGAAGAAGCAGAAGGUGAACAAAAGAACAUCAAAAAGUUGGAUGCAGGUUACCAAGAGAACGAACACGCACAAAAGAAAAUAUUUCUCAAUGGUCAUCAAUACGGUACUGCUCAAGGACACGACAGGGAAGCUAGCGGAAAAGAGCAUUACGUCGAGAAUGCUGCAUUUUUAAAGAAAGAUGAACAAAGUGCAGCGAAAGUGAAAGUACCUUCAAUGGUUCCUUGUAUUCAUAUCUCAAACUUGGUUUUGACCAAACAAAAUAAAGAAGUAUUCUACGAAAAGCUUCAAAAGUGUGGUGAAGCUUGGUCAGUCGAUCGUACUCGUUGGUCCGUCAAAGUACCAACAAUGGCUUACUACGUGUCUCGGAUAUGUCUGACUUUCUUUCUCCUCUAUGCGAUUGUCGAUUUCUCAUCGGCAAAGAAGGUGAGAGACGAACGAGAUCUAGAAGUAGCUGCUAGCCAUCAUCACGGAGGUGGUGGUGGUGGCGGUGGUGGCGGUGGCGGCGGUGGCGGAGGUCAUCAUCACGAGUCUGGUGGAGGCCAUGAGCACCAUGGACAUCAUCACGAAGAGCAUGGAGAGAAAGGGGACAAAGGUUACAAGGGUUAUCACCAUCACGAGAAAGGCGAUCAUGGCCAUUAUGGUAAAGAACAUCACGAGGGACAUCAUGGCGAACACGGUGGACAUAAGAAGGGACAUCACGAAGAGGACGAACAUCACGGUCAUCAUCACGAGCACGAACAUGGCCACAAGGGCUCUAAAUUCGGUCAUUCGAAAGGUCACAAGAAAGGAGAGAAAACUCAUGGGUAUCAUCACAAAGCCCACAAAGAUGAAUAUCAUAAAGAACAUAAGUUCUACGACGAUUAUCACAAAGGCGGACACCAUGAGAAACAUGGAUCCCAUCAUGGACAUCACGGAAGCAAAGAGGGACAUCAUAAGAAGGGUGGACAUCACCACUCCGGUCAUCACGAGGAUCAUCAUGGAAAGAAGGGCCACCACGACAAAGGACACUUUGAUGAGGAUCACAAGGGACAUCAUGGAAAGCAUGGCCAUGAGGAACACUAUCAUCAUCACGAAGAUUAUGGGAAGAAGGGCGAACAUCACGGAGGGAAAUCUCACGGAUUCUCGAGCGGUGGUGGUCACGGAGGUGGCGGCGGUGGCGGCGGCGGCGGCGGUGGUGGUCACGGCGGCUACCAUCGCUAA